AUGGAUCAAGAGAAGCUCAAGCGCAUGCAGCAGUCUGUCCGAAUUGGUACCGGCAAGGGUACCCCAAGAAGGAAGGUCAAGAAGACACCACAGAGAUCAGCUGGAGAUGACAAGAAACUGCAAUCGACGCUGAAGAAGCUCAACACUCAGCCGAUCCAAGCGAUUGAGGAGGUCAACAUGUUCAAAGAAGACGGCAACGUCAUACACUUUGCUGCACCAAAAGUCCACGCUUCCGUCCCCUCGAACACCUUCGCCAUCUACGGUAACGGCGAAGACAAAGAGCUUACCGAGCUUGUUCCCGGAAUCCUCAACCAGCUAGGACCCGACUCUCUCGCAUCCCUACGACGUCUCGCCGAAUCAUACCAGAAUCUGCAGAAGAAGGAAGGCGGUGACAAGAAGGAUGACGAGGACGACGAUGAGAUACCAGAUCUAGUCGAAGGUGAGAACUUCGAGGGCAAGGUCGAGUAG